GCAGCAGUCGUCUGUCCGCUCUAGGACCGCGCGGAUCCCGGCUGGGCCUCGUCGCAGUGCCUGACCCGGGCACUGCCGCCUGAGUCACCGGCCACGCCCUCCAGAGCCGGACACAGCGGGAGGCCCGGGAGGAGCAGAGAAACGGGCCGCCGGACCGACGGACUUGUGAGCUAGGCGGAGUCCGAGUCGCAACCAUGUUCCUGGUUAACUCAUUCUUGAAGGGCGGAGGUGGCGGUGGCGGCGGCGGCGGGGGCCUGGGCGGAGGCCUGGGGAAUGUGCUCGGAGGCCUGAUCAGCGGGGCUGGGGGCGGCGGCGGCGGCGGCGGAGGUGGCGGUGGCGGCGGCGGCACGGCCAUGCGCAUCCUGGGCGGGGUCAUUAGCGCCAUCAGCGAGGCGGCUGCGCAGUACAACCCGGAGCCCCCGCCCCCACGCACCCAUUACUCCAACAUCGAGGCCAAUGAGAGUGAGGAGGUGCGACAGUUCAGAAGGGUGUUUGCACAGCUGGCUGGAGAUGACAUGGAAGUCAGUGCCACAGAACUCAUGAACAUUCUCAACAAAAUCGUGACCCGACAUCCUGAUCUGAAGACGGAUGGUUUUGGCAUUGACACGUGUCGCAGCAUGGUGGCUGUGAUGGAUAGCGACACCACCGGCAAGCUGGGCUUCGAGGAGUUCAAGUAUCUGUGGAACAACAUCAAAAAGUGGCAGGCCAUAUACAAACAGUUUGAUGCUGACCGUUCAGGGACCAUCUGCAGUAGUGAACUCCCAGGGGCCUUUGAGGCAGCAGGGUUCCACCUGAAUGAGCACCUCUACAACAUGAUCAUCCGCCGCUACUCAGAUGAGGCGGGGAACAUGGAUUUUGACAACUUCAUCAGCUGCCUGGUCAGGCUGGACGCCAUGUUCCGUGCCUUCAAAUCUUUAGACAAAGAUGGCACUGGGCAAAUCCAGGUGAACAUCCAGGAGUGGCUGCAGCUGACCAUGUAUUCCUGAAUGGGAUGCCCAGACCUGCCCCCUCACCAUCUUGCCACAGGAGUCACCUUGGCCCCUUGGUCCUUCCCAAGGCUGAUCCUGUCUAUAGUCUUGUCCUCAGGAGCCCUGCUGACCCUCAGGCCUGUGUGCUCCCAGCCUUUGGCACCCAGUUUGUUAGUCACCAGCCAGUGCCCAACAUGCCAUGCCCCAAGUUACCCCUGGCUCUAAGAUGCUCUAGCAUGCCCUACCCAAGGGUCACCCCUACAGCCAACACACCCUCUUAUACUCACUCUAUAACCCCUCUCCUGCACCCCGUGGGAAAUCCAACACUUGCAUUGCUUCCAUGCCCUGAGGGCCCUCCUCUCAGUUCUGGGCUAGUCAUUCCCGUCCUUUUCAGCACCAUCAAACCAUCACACCCAAUAAGGCCCUCCUCUAACCAUGUUCCAGGCCUUCCAGGCCCUACAUGCUCCCGGCCUGCCAGUCCCUGGAGGAAAUAAAUGCAUGCCAGUUGCUGUUCUCUA